AGAGCAGAGCGAGCCAGGGGAGGAAAAGGAGAGGCAGUGUGUGGCGUGAGCCCGGAUUACAACCAACCAGAAAAUGAAGCGGGGAAGACAGGAGCGUGGAGGACAGAAAUAAAAGGAUAUAAGCUCUUCUGACAUAUUCUCUCCUUCUGUGUCAGUUGAAAGGAAUAAAAUAAAGGGGAGAUAUACACGCAGGUUGUGGUCAGGAAGAGGGGAGAACAGUAAGAACGGGAAGAAAAAGAAAGGAAUACUGUGAUUUCCAAGAGCAAGCGGUUCAGAGGACGGGCUGUCACAGAAGAGGAGGUGAUGUGUGUGAGCUUUGGGUCCGCAACACGAGUGAUACAACAGGGUGCGUGUGUUAAGUAAACUCCCCCCACGCCUCAACGUCAUCUACGGAGAACCAACCUGAGGUUUCACAAGACAUGCUGAGGACCAGGAGCCAGACAAAGUCCUGCUGAAGACCAUGGCCCAGGCUAAAGGACGGAGAGAUGGCAUGGUGUCGUCCAAUGAGAACCGGCGCAGGCCGCUGUCGUCGGGUGAGGUGGAGGGCGUGUCAUGGCAGGGCCCACGGACCAUUUUUGUCCUGAAGAACUCACAGGGAUUCGGCUUCACUCUGCGCCACUUUAUCGUCUACCCACCAGAGUCGUCCCUCCACAGCCUUAAGGAUGAAGAGAAUGGAAAUGCAAGCGAAAAAAUUUGUCAUCAGUCUCGUUUGGAGCCAAUGGACACCAUCUUUGUGAAGAGUGUCAAAGAAAAUGGCCCUGCACAACAAGCAGGACUGUGUACAGGGGACAGGCUCGUGAAGGUGAAUGGGGAGAGCAUUCUGGGAAAAACCUACUCUCAGGUGAUCGAACUCAUCCAAAACAGUGAAAACAUUCUGGAGCUCUCUAUUAUGCCCAAAGAUGAGGAUGUGUUGCAGUUGGUAAGUGCGUACUCCCAGGAUGCCUACCUAAAAGGCAAUCAGCCAUAUUCAGGCGAAGCCCAGAACCUCCCUGUGCCGCCGCCUCUCUGUUACCCUUCCACUAAGCCCAGCCCCGCUGCCCCCCAGCCCGGCCACAACCUACACAGUCCCCUGGACAACUGGCAGUGCCGACCCGGCCCCGCUGCCUCUCCACUAGACAACCGCCCCCCUGCUGCUUCUACACCCACCUCCGGCUGGCCCGGGGGUCCAGACGAUUCCAGUGGCCACUUUGCCCCGCCGGGGAGGCACCGAGGCCGCUCCUCUUCGGCCAUCAGUGUGCUGGACUUUCACUUUGCUAACCACAAUGCUGCCAUUGCCUCCGCAACUCUCCCUCCGCCACGGAAGAGCAGCCUGCCAGCCUCUGCCCGCGCUCACGCCGAUACUCUUUGCCACCAGGCUCUGUCGGACUGGUACUACAGCCAGGCGGAGGCUGCAGAGAGCAUGUCCCCCCGCCACCGCAGUAUAUCUCAGGGUUGUGUAGCAGAGCUCGGGCUGGGGUUGGCCCUCGGCCCCGGACCUACAUCUGCUUCCACAACCUCCGCGGAGCACCGGCGACGAGAAACCCUCCUGUGCCACCACCAGGCAGCUGCUGCUUCCCAUGAUUCCUAUUGGCUAGGGGGCUGGGGUGGUGUAUCAGGACCAGGAAGCAGGUCAUGCUCCGAGAGCCUCCUGGCAGCCUACGCCGAGUACGAGCAUAACUACGGGCGUUCUGUGGAGACACUGGCACAAGCCUCUGCUCUGGUGUCGCCACGCCAUGAACACUUGUCACAAAGCGCCCACGUGGCAAAAUUCAGAGAGCAAAAAGAGCAGAAGGUCUCAGCAGGGCAUCCACACAAAACCACAGUGAUAUAUCCCAUCACAGCCUCCUCCACAGUGCCUCCUAGUGGCAGGCGGUCUGGGCAGCAGGUAGCUGAACCCCAAACAAGGCGCGUACAAGAAGAGGAGCUGGUGGGCUACAAAAGCUACAGCCCGUCUUUCUCUCGCAAAGCUGGCCACCUCCUCCAGCAGGCCCACUCCUUCAGAGAGCCCAGCUACAGCGGCCCUCAUCUCAACUGGAGCCCCGGCAGCAGAAGCAGCCCUGCAGAUGGCGUGGAGGGGUUGGUACCCAGGCCGAGGUCCACCCCCUCCCUGUCUGCAGAAGAGGAGGAGAGAGCUCGACUGGGUGAGGACAGGGAGCUCAUCUGCCCCAUCUCCCUGAAUCAAGAGGUGGUACUGAGGCAGAAGCCGCCUUCCGGCCGCCGGACCCCCGUUCAGUUCGCUCGACAUCCCCACUACCCCACCCCCGGAGAGUCACCCGAGCCCCCUGGUUUGGAACCUCAACAAGGGACCCCCUCUCCUGUCUCUGGAGGGCCUGGCCCCAACCGCAGGGCUAAUGGUAGCCUGGCUCAGCAUGCAUACAACUCCCUGUCCUCUAUUCCCUUCAUAGAUGAUCCCACCAGUCCUAGCAAUGACCUGCAGGCCUGCUAUGUACCAGCCCGCUCUGUUGUGUCCAGUUCCCAGGCCUCCACUAUGGCCACACUCACUUCCACCUCUGUCUCCCCCACCCUCUUCUCAAACUCCCCCUUUGUCCGACUUCGUUCUCAGGACUGCAGCAGUAUUAAAAGUCGCCGCUCCUCUUACUUGCUGGCCAUCACCACCGAAAGAUCGAAGUCCUGUGACGAGGGCCUCAACACCUUCAGGGAAGAAGGCCGCGUCUUCUCCAAACUACCAAAAAGGGUCAAGAGUUUUUUCACUGAUGGGUCUCUGGAGAGCCUGCGAGUCCAGGAAGAAGCCCGGUCCAAACGCCACUCUACUUCUGAACUGGGAACCAUCACCUUUAGUGAUGUUCGCAAGGAGGGCUGGCUGCACUACAAACAGAUCCUCACAGAGAAGGGAAAGAAAGUAGGCGGUGGCAUGCGACCAUGGAAGCGGGUCUUCUCCGUGCUCCGUUCCCAUUCGCUCUUCCUCUACAAGGACAAGCGAGAGGCCGUCCUUCACGGCGCGGGGGCGGGGCCCAGCCAGGACGAACAUCCUCCAAUCAGCAUCCGCGGCUGCCUGAUCGACAUUGCCUAUAGUGAAACCAAGCGUAAGAACACCCUGCGGCUGACCACGCAGAACUUCUGUGAGUACCUGCUGCAGGCUGAGGACAGGGACGACAUGCUAGCCUGGAUCCGCGUCAUCAGGGAGAACAGCAAGACCGACAACGAGGAGAUCGGUUUCUCAGGACAAGCUCUCAUCAACAAGAAGCUGAAUGACUACAGAAAACACAGUCUGACAGGUAGUAAGCCAGACUCCUCUCCCAGAGCCCAUCGUAUGAUGCCUCCCUUCCUCCUGGCUAAGACUGACAACACCUCAGUAAACCGAGCCUCCCGAACCGAUGACAACAAGGCCCUGUGGGGCAUCAACAUCAUGAAGAAGGCCAAGAAGAUAGGCAGUCCGAAGGCUUUCGGGGUGCGCCUGGAGGACUGUCAGCCUGCUGUCAACCAUAAAUUUGUCCCUCUGAUUGUGGAGAUGUGCUGCGGUGUAGUAGAGGAGACGGGUUUGGAUUACACCGGCAUCUACCGCGUGCCGGGGAACAACGCCAUGGUAUCCAACCUGCAGGAGCAUCUCAACAAGGGAAUGGACAUCAACACCGCUGAGGAGAGAUGGCAGGACCUAAAUGUAAUCAGCAGCCUUCUCAAAUCGUUCUUCCGAAAACUGCCUGAGCCGUUGUUUACUGAUGACAAAUACAACGAUUUCAUUGACGCCAACCGGAUAGAAGACGCAGAGGACAGACUGAAGACCAUGAAGAAACUGAUCCAUGACCUCCCAGAUCACUAUUAUCACACCCUUAAGUUCCUAGUAGGUCACCUCAAGAAGGUGGCAGAUCACGCUGAAAAGAACAAGAUGGAGCCGAGAAACCUGGCUCUGGUGUUUGGUCCUACUCUGGUGAGGACGUCAGAAGACAAUAUGACCGACAUGGUCACCCACAUGCCUGACCGCUACAAAAUAGUGGAGACUCUUCUCCUGCACCACGACUGGUUCUUCACGAAUGGAGAGCUUGAUAAAGAAGAGAAGGCCCCAGAGGAUAAGCGGGACAUGCAGCCUGUGCCAAACAUUGACCAUCUGCUGUGCAACAUCGGCAGGCCGGGCAUGCCAGGAGAGGCAUCAGAUUCCACCACCAGCGAUUCACUUAAGACAAAGCUUUCUUCGCUCUCCAAGAAGGACCUGAAUGCCAGGGACUUCCUGCCUAAGUCCAUUAUCUCUGCUGUGACCCGCAAACGCAAAAAAUGCCUCAGUACCGACCUGCAGGGCGGCAGCGCUGACGAGGACUCCGACCAUGAGCCAGUCAAAACUAGCAACUACGGGGGAGGAGGGGAGGAGGAAGAGGAUAGACGAGAGGAAGAGGCAGUCAAGGGAGAACAAACCAUUCCUAAAAAAGAAAAAAGGGAUGAAAAGGAAACUGGGGUGAUAGUUGGAGUGACCACAGAGGGGACAGAUGUAUUGUCUGGAGAAGAAGAGGCUGAGACGGACAUGGGAAAUGUAACAGACCACGGUGCAAAAGAAUUGGAGGACAACAGGCGGAGAAGAACCUUGGCGAGAAACGCACCGCAACUUUGUUCAAACAGUUUCUUCUGCUCAGACCAUCAGAUCCAUGCCACAUACCCAAGACCCACAGUGUCUAAUCCUACUUCCCAUUUGAGGCCUCACAAUCAGGCCAGAGGACACCCCAAAGUCCCUUUCUGGAUCUGCCCCACCAGGCUUCCAAACCUUUACCAUCCGCCAGACUGGAACCAGUCAGUGCCAGUCCGCUACAGGAAGACAAGAGGUGGGAGGACAAGGGCGGUUUCCAUGAAUCUAGACCUUGAGCUGUGCAGGAGUGAGGACAGAAUCCGAGGGUGUAGAGCAGAGAGGGUGGAGGUGAUCAGAGUAAUUGAGGGUACACCAGGUCAGCAUGGCUGUGUUGGGGUUCCUCAGGGAUCAAUUGUGGGUCCUGGGUCAAUUGAGCAAAAGGAUCCCCUCCCUCAUCUUGUCCAGGAUUCUCCCCAUCUCUCCUCCACUUCCUCUGGAUGGAUAGAUCAGAGCUCCCAGGGAUCUCAGGCUGUGGUCCUGAGGAGAUCGGCCCUGGGCCCACAGGACAAGACCAGAGCGUGGCGUCGUCACACGGUGGUUGUUUAACCUGACUGUCUCAUCUACUAAUGCAGUACCAAGUGCUUGCCCUUAACUCACAAACACUGGAUCACCUGCUUCUAAAGCCACGUGACCGUCAUAUCGCUCAAUACUCUUUCUUCAAUACUUUAUUUUUGGCACAGGACUUGGAGACAAGAUCUCAAAGGAAUUAUUUCCCAUUGUGAGCAGCUGUAGAGUUUCAUUCCAAAAUAAGAUAACUUACGUUU